AACCCUCUAUGAACUACGGCUGGGCGAUUCCUGGCCUGCGCUGGGUCACGGGGAAGGAGCGUCUGUUCCCGGUCACCACCGGCCGCAGCUCCAGCCCGGAGAAAGAUGCAGAAGAGAUGGAAGAGUCAUCUGAUGAUUACAGUUUGGGUCGUUUCUCAGAGUUGGAGGGAGCGGGACACAGACCAAAGCCUCAGUGGGGAGAGAACGGCCAUGACCGGAAGCUGCAGAGAUGCAAAACUCAACGCCUGGUGACCCAUCUCCACCGGGACACGGCCCACGACCAAGAAGGCCACAUCGGCUCAGAGAAGUUCGGCCAUCUGGCUGUGUCCGAUCGACCCGGUCUCCACCCAUCACUCAUUUCACAAGUGCCAUUAAGACUACAGAUUAAAGUGAACGGACAGAGAGGAGGAAUGGGAAUCUGUAUUGCGGGAGGGAAAGGCUCCUUGCCGUACAAAGAGAACGACGAGGGUAUCUUCAUCUCCAGGGUGUCUAAAGGCGGACCAGCGGAGAAGGCCGGGCUUCAUGUUGGGGACAGAGUGUUGGAGGUCAAUGGCCUGGACAUGCUGGAGGUCAGCCAUCAUGAGGCGGUCAGCGUCCUGAGGAAUGCUGGGAGUUGUAUAAAGAUGAAAGUGUUACGGGAGAGAUGCGUGUCCAUGGAGCCGCGAGCGAAUGACAGGUCCGACGGCAUGGAGACCGACCCGCAGAUCAGCCAAGAGUGGGAUGUUCCCGUGAGCUAUAGCAGAUCGGGCGGCCCACAAUCCUCCACUGAUCCCACGCCGGACCGCAGCUCACUGACCAACCGGACAGACGCUUCGGCCUGCAACGGAAACGGACCGAAUGAGCCAGUACAGGACUUACGGCCAAUGAAAGACACGGAGACCUUCAGAAACAAUGCCCUCCAGGUUGUGAAAAACACCAUGACGAUUCCUCGGAUCAUCCUCACACACCCCUCGACCUCGGAUGAAGACGUGGAGCCGCUCACGCAGGGUCCAGAUGAUGGAGACUUUGAUCGGGACUUCAGUGACAUCUACUCCGACUGCCUGAACAACGCUUUCUAUCCUCUGUGAAAGUCAGCUACUCUAUCUCUCUUCACA